AUGAAAUCCGUCCCAAAAAUUAUAAUCAAAGCCCGAGCGCCAGCAGCCUCCACAUCCCGAGUAAUAACCCCCGCACCCGUCCCACUAGCACCUGAGGCAGACUCCGGACCCGAAGAAGAGGAUGACGACGACGAUCAAGAAGGCGACGAGACACAACCCAUGGACGUCGACGGCCCCGCAUUAACUGCAGACGAAGAAGGUGGGAGUGGUAUUGGAACUGCUCCACGACCUCGAGGCAGGCCGCGCGGACGAGGGAGGGGCGGUGGAGGGAGUGGAACUAGCACGCCAAGAGCGAGAGGGCGGGGAAGGGGACGUGGGAGGGGAAGGGGGCGCGGUGUUGGUGGUUCGUUUACCAUUCGGCUGCCGAAGCGUGGGGAGGGUGAUGAUGCUGAUGCGGGGAGCGAGGGUGGUGAGGGUAGGGAGGGAGAGGAGGGUGGAGAUGAGGUCGAUGCUGAGGAGGUUAAGGAGAAGGAGGCACCGUUGGGUGGCGGGAAACCGUUUCGCAACAUUCAGGGCGUCGUUCGUAUUAUUGAGGGGGAUGAGUUCGUCACGGACGAUGACCCCAAGGGCGACGAGAAGAUUGAUACGUUUGGGAAUUUACUUGGUGGCAGGAGAUUCAAAGCAUCUACGUUCACCCUUCCAGGUCGACACCCACAGCGCCAAUACAUGCUCGCCAUCGACGCAGCACGUACUUCUGGUUUCAGAGACUCACUAUAUUACUUCCGUCGCAACCUCCUGGCGUUCAAGUUGAAUGCCACUCAACCUGAAAAAGACUUUCUUAUCUCUGAAGGCAAACUAGGUUCUCAUCUUCGAACGAGGAGCGUAACACUCGUCACUGCCCGGAGCGCGUUCAAACUCCAUGGCUCCAAGAUGAUCAUUGACGGUAGAUGGGUAGUAGACGACUACUACGAAGUAAAAUCCCUCGAAGAAAUAACCGCCAAAGGGCUCAAACCAGGCGACCUAGUAGGCGAGCUCCCCGAUCCAAACGCCGCACACCACUCCAACGAGCUUUCCGCGCUCAACGCAGCCGCCAACGCCAGCUCGAACAAGAACGACCGUGGAGGCGGUGGCGGGCUAGGCAUCUACCGCGCCGGUGGACCCACGACCAUCUUCGGUGCGUCAGGGUGGGGACCGUACAGUGAUGGACCAUUAAACGCCGUGCGGAAGAGCUUGCUCUCACGUGAUGGAGUGACGGAGGAGAAUUGGAUGUGGAUGAUGGCGAUGAGGGUCUCAGAGGCCGGGGAUGAGUGGGCAAAGUUGAGGAAGGAGGCGUUGAAGGUUGUGGAGGGUGUAGAGGGACUAGCUAUGGGUGAUGUGUCGGUGCCUUCUCCGCCUCCUGCUCCGGCUGUAAAUGAAGAGGACGAGGAAGACGAAGAGGAGGAUGUAGAAGGGGAGAAGAAGAACGCGGCAACAGUGGACCCACCUCCGUUGAAGAAACGUAAACUUGGGCUUGGGAAGCCUGUGGGCAUAUAUGAACCACACGCGAAUAUUAUUCACUAUCGCGCAGACACGCAGCCAACACGAAGUCGUUGGCAGCAACUACCAGACUCUGCUACGAAGAGGGAAGUUUUGGGUGGGACCAAGGCGGGUAACGGUGCUUGGGCUCUUGCCUGGGUCGAUACAGUUGUGGAGCUGCCGAAGCCUGAUGAUCCGCCGAGCCCGGCUGCUCUUGCACGCGAGGAAGCUUUGAAAGCGGUGGAGUUGGAGAGUGUGGACGAGGAGGUUGUUAUGGUAGAGUAG